AUGGGCACCGAAUUUUUCUCUUUACGCUCCGUUCCCCCGGAAAUAGAGGGAGCAAUGUGCGAUUCACACGAGCUUAACAGAGAACCUGUCCGUUUGCAUACCUUUAAGGAAUGGCCUGACUGGGUGCCUGUGCCUGGGAACGAACUAGCUAGCGCAGGUUUCCAUUAUUUGGGAAUCGAAGAUGCUGUGGCUUGUUAUUCUUGUCAGUGCACUAUUAAGGACUGGCGUGAAGGAGAUGAUAUAAACAUGCGACAUGUUGAAGCAUCGCCUUUCUGCAGCUUCCUCAACAACAUAGCUCCGAAGCAAGGCACCACAAUAUUCACUGACAUGAAGCUCGAGGAAAACCGUCUCCAUACAUUCGGACGGUGGCCCCCAUACACCUCUCCCAACCCCAGGGAGCUAGCAAAAGCUGGGUUUUGUGAUAUUGGCGAGGCACGCCAGGUUCAGUGCCCUUUUUGUGGUUGCACCCUUCAGCUUACAGAUUUUGCAAUUAGUCCCUUCCUUCCAUUCAACCUGCAUGCGCAACAGAGCCCUUCCUGCCCCUUUGUGAGAGAAAAGGAGAAACACAACAUUCCACUUGAUAUCGAUGAUAAGCGUGGGUGUGCUGUGAUCAAACCAGGCCGUUUGCUUGCUGGUCCAGUCUAUCCUAGAUUCAGUGAUAUUGAUAGUCGUCAGGAAACUUUUGAGACAUGGCCGUUCCAUCUUCCCACACUACCUAAUAAGUUACAAACAGCGGGCUUCUUUUACAGAGGUUUUUCGGACAACGUCACAUGUUUUUAUUGCGGUGGACAACUUCGAAACUGGGAAAACAACGGCGGUUCACUGACAAAUAUAGCAUGGAUAGAGCACGCGCGGUGGCUUCCGAGAUGUCCAUUUUUGUUGCUUAAAAAGGGACCAGAGUUUGUUGAUAUGGUGCAGACAAUAUACCCACCUAAGAUACCAGAUGACAACUCUAGAGGUAAUGAAGCCUAUACAGCAGUUAGAAGUGAUGAUUCAUUAUUUGACAUGGCAAGGCUACAAUACGAAAUAGAUCAGAUCG